CCGGGCCGGCCCCGCGCCCGGCCUUCGCGCAGCCUGGGCGGACGCCCGGCCCCUCGGCCGCCCCGCGAUGAAGGCGGCCCAGGCCGCGGGCGAGGAGGCGCCGCAGGGCGCGCGGUCGGUCAAGGUGGUCCUCGUGGGCGACGGCGGCUGCGGGAAGACGUCGCUGCUGAUGGUCUUCGCCGAUGGGGACUUCCCCGAGAGCUACACACCCACGGUGUUUGAGCGGCUCAACGUUAAAAUGAAAAUGCAGGGCAAACCUGUGACACUCCAAAUCUGGGACACAGCAGGACAAGUCGAUUAUGACCGCCUGCGGCCCCUCUUCUACCCUGACGCCAGUGUCCUGCUCCUCUGCUUCGAUGUCACCAGCCCCCACAGCUUUGAGAACAUCUUUACCCGGUGGUACCCAGAGGUGAAUCACUUCUGCAAGGAGGUGCCCAUCAUCCUCGUGGGCUGCAAGACUGAUCUGCGCAAGGACAGGUCACUGGUGAAGAAGCUCUGGAAGGAUAAGUUGGAGCCCGUGACCUACCACAGGGGCCAGGAGAUGGCGAGGUCCGUGGGCGCAGUGGCCUACCUGGAGUGCUCGGCGCGGCUCCAGGAAAACGUCCACGCCGUCUUCCAAGAGGCCCUCGAGGUGGCUCUCAGCAGCCGCAGUCGAAACUACUGGCGGCGGAUUACCCGGAGCUUCUGCGUGCUGACCUGACAGCGUGGGCCCUCCCUGCCCAGACCGCCCGGCAGCGCAGGACGGAACUGGGUGCUGACCUGUUUCCCAGUUGGCUAGGCUGGACCCAGUUCCCGGGCUGUGACCGAACUGCCCUUCAAACCGAUGGUCAGCACGGAGGCCAGGCCCCUCGUGCUGGGGCUGAGAUCCCCGAACUGAAGUGAAAUCCCUCUGAGACCCGAGGAAGGGGGUUCCCUGGGCCCCCCUGCCCUGGGGAGGGCUAGUCCUGGAGUCCCCACGCUCCCAGCCCCGGACCGCACAUCCAGGAGUGGCCAUUCAGCCUGGGCCACCUCGCGGCUGUUCCUGGGGCUGCACCCUCAGCUCCUUCCGGCAGGACCUGGUGGUCCCAGGGCCACUCCCACCCCCACCUGGGCCAGACUCACACCUGGGCCCUUACUCCUGCCCUUCCCAGUGGUAACUGUAACCACUAAAACGACAUCGCCUGUCA